AUGGCGACUUCUUCUUCUGGUCCGAAGUGGGCUCAGAAAAUCAUCACGCUUCCACCGCUAAAACGUGGAUGUCAUCUCAUCACUCCUAAGAUUAUGAAAGAAAUAGGGAAAGACUUGUCAGAUUUCAAUUGUGGCCUUGCUCAUGUCUUUGCUUCGCUCACAAUCAAUGAGAAUUAUGAUCCAGAUGUUCAAGCUGAUACUGAGACUUUCUUGAAUAGAAUUGUUCCUGAGCUCCUUGGAGGCAUACAAUGGAAGGUCCAGAUGACAUGCCAUCUCAUAUCAAAUCAUCAAUGUUUGGAUGCCAACUCACGUGAGGGACACAAUCUUGUACUAAAAACCUAA